AUCGCUAUGUCUUGCCUUCAACGUGCGCCUGCCUUACCACGAGGCUUCAGCCUUCGAAACUUCACAUCCUAUCGCAGGCCUCCAGUUCAUGUCAGAGCCGGAUUGAUCUCGUCGCCGUCACCCGUGUCGGCGUUCUCGCCUGCAUGGCUACGAAGUUGCCUCCUGGCAUCGCCUAUGGCGCUGCUUCAGGCUGCAAGUGUUGGGCAGAUUAUGAGGCUCUGCAGGCGCUGAGGUUUUCUUUACAUUAGAGGUAUAGUGCGUAUCGCUUCUGAUGAGGCUUGCGCGCUGCUUCUUGCCAACUACUUCAUUUCAAUUUCCGCAUCCGAUCUCGAACCCUUCACCCGGAAGAGACGUACAAAUUCUCUACCACCAGAUGUCUGAAAUUAAAAUUCCCAGCUCGUAUGGUGUUCCACUAGGCACCCUAUAUAACGGUCAAUCGGACGAAUUUCUCUCGCUUCAUGUACUUGAGUCCGUACGGGCAGGCACCGUUGUAUCUCAGCAGCUCAAAGUUCCUGCAAUUGAGGUUCAACGACUCAAAGAUGAAAGUCUUGCUAGCAAAUUCGCCUUCAUGCGCUCACCUCCACCCCUAGGAGCGAGUGUUCUUGGAGGAAUGGUUACGAUGAACACAUGGCGGCAACAGCUUUUGAGUAGCUACGAUGUCUCGAAUCCGCCACGACAAGCUCUUCGGAUUACUACCACAACUGUUCAGGAGAAUCUGGACUUCAAUAACCAAGAUGUCAGGUAUUGCUUCAGUCAGAAUGCUGAUAAGUUGAAACGUGCGACACAUGUUUGUGCAAAAAUCACCUGGGGGAUUGAAUGCGUCGUGAUAGCGUCUGCAAAGGUUCCUGGAGAGCCUGCGUACAAUGAUCUCAUCGAUCGUUGCUUCAGACGCCUCGAGGCGACGGCGACAAGCGCAAAUGCCGGCUUUGACGACAACGAGUCACGGACAUACGAUGAACACAUCAUUUUCACCGUCGAUGGGGAUAUACCCGGGCUCACAAGCUCUCAACCUACAGCUUUCAGGGAUGUGUUCCGUCUCUUCGCAAUCUUGAAGAAAUAUGACGAGAUGGAGCACCCUCUUACAUACACCCUUCUUCCUACGAUGGUACUCGAAUACGUCUUAGCCAUGCCAGUUGAGUGUAGUCUCACGCUUAUACAGCCAAGUGUUGAGACAAUUGAUCAUAUCCUCUCUGCCUUCGAUGACUUCCGAAAGGCCAAAGCACUUCUGGCUCAACACGAGCACUACGUGAGAAGCCACCGAGCGUACGUUGCGAAAGAACACAUCUCCGAGAUCUCGGACUUGAAGGAUUUAUCGCGUGCAGCAUUUGAGUCAUUUCAGCCAGUGUAUGCACGCGUGCUGUACGAAGUCAGAUCAGGCCAAACACCCAUGCAUGAUCUGACUGCACUUGUCGCCGGCAUUCGAGAGGGAGAACACGACCUUGAACAUAUCUUACGUCUCACUAAAAAGUUUGACCAACUACUUCAAUUCGUCACAAAAGCUGUCUCUCUGGGUGCCAAAUACUACGGGUAUAAGAAGCCAUUGUUCGACAUUGCUACUCUACGACAAUAUGCAGAUGCCUACGUCUUCGAAUUCGAUGAACGCUCAUCUCGGGGUUGUGAGAGUUGGCCUGGCAUGACCUCGCUCUUGCUGAGAAUUCUAGAUGAGUCACAGGGUCAAGUGCGUGUUGCUCUCUUGGACUGUGAUGGCCUCCAGCGACCACUCUCAGAGCCAUGCAUAUCACACUACCGGCACGGUAUUCUUGUGGAGGGGAAUGUAUGGAAAAAACAAGAACUUCUUGCUAAAUUUCCAGUCAUCAGCUACAACAGGUCAAAGCUACGUGCCGCAAAAGACGGCACCAGAGCUGUACACAGGCGCCCGGUGAAGAUUCCCUGUGGCAGCUCGGCUUGUGAUCCACGGGUAUUCUGGAGUUGGCUCUGUUCGCAAUGCCAGAGCACGGUCGACUUUAGCGAUCACCGAGUCUUCAGCUGUGCUUGCGGGCAGUGGGACUUCAGAGACUCAACCUUCAAAUGCCCAAGGGUGACGCAUGGUACAGCAUUUGUCAAGUACGCAGACAACGACAAGAUGUAUGGGCAUUUGCAGAAUCUGGCUCCUUACGAAGAAGUCAACAUACUGAUACUGGGAGAAAGCGGGGUUGGAAAGUCAACGUUCAUCAAUUCGCUUGUCAACUACUUACACUAUCCUCAACUUGAAGAUGCUUUGGAAGGACCCAGCCUAACACAUAUCAUACCAUUCUCUUUCGCGACUCAGCUCCCAGACGAGAACGAUCCUCGUGGAAGGAUUGUGCAAAAGACGAUUCGCUGGGGCUCUGACAAGAAUGAGAACGAUGGCUCCAAAGGCCGCUCAGCGACACAACAGACUCAGGUCCAUACCGUCACACUAGGCCCAAUGAUUCUCCGCCUAAUCGAUACACCUGGCAUCGGUGAUACGAGAGGAGCCGAACAAGACAAGAAGAACAUGGCUGAUAUUCUGUCGGUCCUCAGAGGUUACACGCAUGUUCACGGCAUACUCAUUCUACUUAAGCCAAACAACUCCCGACUGACGGUCAUGUUCCGAUACUUUGUCAAGGAGCUCCUAACACAUUUACAUCGCUCCGCGGCAAACAACAUGGUGUUCGGCUUUACCAACACACGCGGUUCCAACUACCAGCCUGGUGAUACCUUUAAACCUCUACAAGAGUUGUUGAAAGAAUUUGAUUCUACGCGAAUUGAGUUGUGCAAAGACACAGUCUAUUGUUUCGAUUCAGAAAGCUUCCGGUAUCUGGCCGCCCACAAACAAGGUGUCACCAUUGGCGACAGGCCCGACUAUGAGCGAAGUUGGAACCGUUCGACAGAAGAGGCGCGUCGUUUACUUGCUCAUUUUAAGAGCUUGCAGCCCCAUCAGGUGAAGAGCACAAUGAGUCUCAACGAAACACGCAUCGUCAUUACUCAACUCACAAAACCCAUGGCACAGAUAGCACAGAAAAUCAAGGCCAGCAUUGCCACAAACGAAGACGAUCUCAGAGACCUCCAGAGCCGUAAAAUGGAUCGGGAAGGACUCAGGAAGAAGCUCGAAGUGUCAAAACAAACCCUUCGUGCUGAGCGUGUUGAGCAGCCACGAACCGUGUGUUCUAACAGCGCAUGCACUGAAUCCGAAACAAGUGGCAUCGGAGAGGGUCUAGAUGGUUCAGAGCAAUUGAGAACAGUCUACAAGACCAUCUGCCAUGAUCCUUGUCACCUAGAAAAUGUUCAAGAAGACAAAGUUGCAGAUCCCGGACUAAUCCAAUGUUACUGUAUUAUCCAAGAUGGAGAAUCCGGCGUCAGGAAAUCACAAGUGGGCAAAUGUCGGUUCUGCCACCAUUCGUGGCAGGAACACCUCCAUAUACGCUACGAGCUCAAGCCAAGCACAGUGAUGGUAGUGGACACUUUUGUGCAGCGUGAGCUUGAGCAAAACGCCAAUCUGAUCCAGGUCAGGGAAAGAGGAAUCGAGAGCAAAAAACGCAUAAUCAAAGAAUUCCAGCAAGAGUAUGAUGCGAUUAAGCGUGCUGCUGGUCGCUUCACCCUCUUUCUUCGGAAAAACUCCAUCACACCUUACAACGAUGCUACGGUGGAGUAUCUCGACUUCCUCAUCAAAGAAGAAAAACCGAAGGUCCAAAUGGGUGCGAGUAGGAGGCGCCUGCAUGAGCUCGAGCGAUACCGAAGCGAGCACGUCGAGAUCGUCGAGAUUUUGAGCCACAAGAUUGAAGAUGGAAAAGAGAACGUCCUCGAUGAAGCAGGUGUGGACCGGCUUGUACACAAACUCUAUCGCAUGGAACACUACGGUCCUGAGAUUCGUCGAAUACGUGAGGUUAUCGACGAUGCAGGUACGGCAUCCUUCCGAGAACAGCCUCAUCGUAUCAUGGGAUUCAACGUCAAUUCUUGGAUUGGAGCGCUGGCGCCAAAGGUUAUUGAGACAGGCUCGCGGAAUCUCCUACAGAAGCGGCAAUCGUCGGCUCAACAAUCACCUCCUGUAGUGGCUUCAUCGUAUUCGCGACAGCUACCGAAGCAACCGGUUGCAUCUACAUGGGAAACCCAACUCCCAGUCAUAUCGCCGCGGCAGCUUCAAUCAAUACCUCAAAACUCGUACGUGCAGUUCCCUCAGCAGCAACAGGUCGUACACGAGCCAAUACAAACCCCUCAUCUGGGGAGAUCUGAGUCUAGGAAAUCGGUGAGUAGCGGCACUCUCUCCAAGAUGAAGUUCUGGAAAUGAGUACGUUGGGUGGUCGGGGCCUAUAGCAAUCAAAUAUUGACAAGCUUCUUUAUGUACCAAUGUAGAGACUGAACACUGAUAUUGGGUUCACUGAGACUUCUGAGUCGAUUACUCCAACAGUGCAUUAGCUACAAACCAAUGUUUGAAAGCAAA